UUCAACGCAAUAAGGUAUCGAUUAAGUUAUGCCCACAACCACCUAAGGUUUUCAAACAGCUAAAUCAAUUCAAUUACCAACUCUUGGCACCCAAUAAGUCAAAACACAACUUUAACUUACUUACUGCCAUCGUCCCCCGCAAAGCCCUAUUCAACUUUUCUAUCAUAUCUCAAGAAGUGAUUUUGAAUAUACUAAAGUCCGAUUGUUAUCCCUCAGAUCAAACUCCAGUAUCCUUAAUCCCAGAACCAUUCUCUAACCUAAUAGUCCUAAACUCCACACCCCCACCCGAAGCAAAUCCCCAACCAAUCUCUAGCUAA